UUACAUUCUCUUGUGCAAAAGUAUCUAUUAAAAAAAAGAUGUGUGAUUAUUUGUGUUGUUGUGGAAGUGACGACAUUCGUAAAAAAAGAGAAUCAAAAGUGUCGCCGGAAUUGAUUGGAAGCGGUACGAAUUCGACAAUAACUCAACGCAGCGUGCAAGUAGCGCCAGUAAAACGCGGCUGCACUGAUGUAUUCUUUCUAAUCCUUCAUAUUACAUUCAUAAUCGUCCUGGCAGUUCUCGUGAGCUAUUGUAUUGUACAUGGAAAUAUCUAUCGGAUCCUUAAUGGAUAUGAUGAUUGUGGGAAUGUUUGCGGUGUUAUUAAUGAAAUGGAUAAUAAAUUAGGAUGCAAGGGUGCUGACAAAAGAAAAGAAAAGUUCUUGCUGGUUGAAAAGACACAAAACAAUUAUGAUCCAGACAAUCCAUAUAUCCAUAGACAAUGUGUUGAAUCAUGUAAUACAGUUAGUGGAUAUCGAACAUUCCUUAAUAGAUGUGUACCGACAAAUAAAGGCGAAGUAACAAGCGAAAAUCUUUUAUCGAGGACAGGACUUGUCAAUUAUUUUCAAGAUGUCUCGGAAGACUUAUCAGAAUGUUGGCGUGAAAUUAUUUAUGUCUGCAUUAUCUCCUUUGCAUUCUCAUUCAUCGUUCUUGUGCUUUUUCGAUUUGUCGUCGGAUUUGUUGUGUGGAUUGUUCUUUUUGCUUCCAUUGUCGUUAGUAUUAUAGCAACGAUUUUUUUAUGGGUGAAAUAUGCACAAUAUAGAAAGGAUCCAGAUAGCGAGAAAGUCAUGACAUAUUUGGUAGCAGCAAUUAUUGCAACAUGCAUAACUGUCAUCAUUUUACUUAUGCUUCUUAUUAUGAGGAAACGCAUCAAACUAGUUGUAGAACUUUUCAAAGAGGCAGGAAAAGCUUUAUCAGACAUGCCUGUACUGCUUUUUGAACCUUUGUUGACUUUUGGAGCUUUGAUUGGAACAAUCGCUUUGUGGCUUUAUAUUGUAUUAAUGAUUGAAAGUGCCGGUAAACUUGAGGUGCAUGAGUCAACAUCUGGGGCAUCCAUGAAGCAGAUAAGUUACAUAAAAGAUGGUGUAAUGUCAGCUACACGAUGGCAAAUUACAGUUACCCAUUUUAAUGAGCUUUGGACAUUUGAUAAGAUAUCAUCUUGGGAGUAUUUGUCUUGGCUCGAUUAUCAUUGCGACUAUACAGUUGUUGAGGAUUAUUCUAAAAUGGACGGAGUCUAUGUUGAAAAACUAUCAAAAUCAAGUAACGACAGCACUCUUGAGAAUGUGUCAGUGCUGUUUGGCAUGUUUCGAAAGCUUCCUACAAUAUUUAAGCGAGCCUUUCAACUUCUUUCAUCAAAUGCACUACGUGUCAUUGCCAUCAAUUCUGUAGGCGACUUUGUAUUAUUUUUAGGGAAGGUUUUUGUCGUUGUUGCAACAGUACUGAUUGGAAUUGAAAUGAUUCAAAACUUGCCGGGUCUUCAUCAUCCAUCUGUUCCUAUAGUUCUAUGUGCUAUAUUUGCAUUUCUUGUUUCUCAUUGUUUCUUGACGGUUUACGAGAUGACAAUUGACACAAUCUUUCUUUGUUUCUGUGAGGAUUGUGAGAUGAAUGAUGGAAUUUCGAGGCCAUACUUUAUGAGUCGAAAUCUGAUGGAAUUUAUACAAAAUUCUAAAAAAUCAAUGGACAUUGCAGCAAGUAAAAACAAAGAUUCGUGGAAUGGGAAUGGAAAUAUUCAGACAGUUGCUGCUAAAUAA